UAAGCCCGUUAGUAGAUUAGGGCAGCAGACCGGCUUCGUUGUUAUUUGGCGGUGUUAACCCGGCCCGGCCCGACCGCUCGAAUUUAAUUUCACUUUCUUAAAACCCUGAAUCCUGUCCUACCCGGUUAGGUACUCGCAAAUUCCUUCAGCCGGCGUUUUCCCAUCGAGAAAGCACUCGUCGCCGGACGGAAAAUAAUGAAGACUCCGAAGAAUUUGAACGACGGAGCAGAUUUGAUGAGCUUGGAGAAUGACGGUGGAGAUAUCAUCAUGCUGCCGGCGAAGAAAAAGAAAGGAAAGAAAGAGUUAGGGAAAAAUCAGCUCAAUACAAUGAACAAGCCUAAGCUAAGCAAAUCCCAGAAAAGAAAGUUGAAGAAGCUCGAGGAAGAGAAGGAAAAGGAAAUGCUUCUAUCGAAAAGUAUGGAGACAUUGGAGAAAUACAAACUUGGGGAGGAUGUGUAUUCGCUUAUGUGGUCAUCGAGGAACUUGGGUCAGGUUGAAACUGUUCGUGAGAAACGGAGAAGAGAAAUGGAGUUUGCUAAAGCGGGUUUAGAAUUGCCUGACAGUGAUCAGCCAUUUGCGAAAAGGAGAAAUGAAAACGCAUCUCCCAGCGCCGAAGUAUUUGAGGAAGCAAUCCAGUCACCAGCUAAGAAUGCACAAUCAUCUUUAGCAGAAAAGGCAAUUGUGUACGACACAUCCGUCUGUGUUAGAUCUUCUGAGAAUGAAGUAUGUGAUAGUGCACCUGUUACUUCCGAUGGAUGCGGUGUUCUUUCGGUAGAAAGAGUUGCUAAUUCUGUCAAGGAAGUGGCUAAUGAGUCUAUUGGACAGUCGAUGCGAGAAACCCUUCAAAAGUCUACACAUUCAUCCCACGAAGAAAUGAUUACGUCUAAGAAUGCAAUAGAUGAAGAUCCAAGAUACAAUUUUAAUCAAGAAAAGAAAAGGGAGGGCAAUUAUUCUUCAGCAAGAGAACUUGUUGCUCCAACUGUGGUCCGUGUGUCAAGACCCGAGGAAGUGGAAAAGCAGAGGAUGGGUCUUCCGAUAAUCAUGAUGGAACAAGAAAUAAUGGAAGCUAUAAAUGAAAACAUUAGUGUUAUUAUAUGUGGGGAGACUGGCUGUGGUAAGACGACCCAAGUUCCUCAGUUUCUUUAUGAGGCUGGUUAUGGAUCGGACCGUUUAAGUACUCGAGGCGGUGUUAUUGGUGUCACCCAACCUCGCCGAGUAGCUGUACUUGCAACUGCCAAGCGAGUGGCAUUUGAGCUUGGCGUUCGACUGGGAAGAGAAGUUGGGUUUCAAGUCAGACAUGACAGAAGAGUUGGAGAAAAUUGCUCAAUCAAGUUUAUGACAGAUGGAAUCUUACUUCGCGAAGUGCAGAGUGAUUUUCUGUUGAAACGCUACUCAGUUAUAAUUUUGGAUGAAGCUCAUGAAAGGAGUUUGAAUACUGAUAUACUCAUUGGGAUGCUUUCUCGAGUUAUUCAAGAGCGUCAGAGGGAAUACGAGGAGCAGCAGAAGAUGAUUCUUGCUGGGAAAACUAUUGAGUCGGGUAAUAGAAUAUACCCGUUGAAACUCGUGCUGAUGAGUGCUACGCUUCGUGUAGAAGAUUUUGUGUCCAGUACAAGAAUUUUUCGUCAACCUCCACCCGUAAUUGAAGUCCCAACUCGACAAUAUCCAGUCACCACACACUUCUCAAAGAAGACAGUUGAAGGCGAUUAUAUCGGUCAGGCUUAUAAAAAGAUUCUGUCAAUUCACAGGAGAUUGCCACCUGGCGGUAUUCUUGUCUUUGUUACAGGGCAGAGAGAGGUGGAGUACCUCUGUCAGAAACUGCGUAGAGCUUCACAAGAUAUAGUUGCAAAAAUAGCCAAAGGAAAUAACGGCUCUUCUUCUUCCAUCUCCGAAGAAAAACCCCCACAAGAUAACGACAUGGAUGAGAUUAUUGAGGCAUAUGAAUUUCAAGAGAAUUCUGGACACGAAAUUACCGAACGUUUUAGUUCUUACAUGGAGGAUGAUUUUGAAGAUUUCUCCAAAGAAUAUACAUCUGAUGCACAGGACGAAUUAAGUGAAGAAAGCGAUCUUGAAUACUUCAGUGACGAAGAGAAUCAGUCGAAAACUUUGGAUAUUUUAGGUGAAGAGGGAACCCUUGCUUCGCUGAAAGCUGCUUUCGAAUCCUUAGCAGGGAAAAAACCUUCUACCAAAGUCGAAGAUGUUGAGACAACCUCUGUCGAACAAAAAAAGGUAGAGGAAAAUAAGGCCUCUUCGCCGGGCCCGCUUCUUGUCCUGCCUCUUUAUGCUAUGCUACCUGCAUCUUCACAGCUUCGUGUAUUUGAGGAGGCUAAGGAAGGCGAACGCCUUGUCGUUGUAGCCACUAAUGUGGCUGAAACCUCUUUGACAAUUCCAGGAAUAAAGUAUGUAGUUGACACUGGGAAAGAAAAGGUCAAGAAUUACAACUCUUGUAACGGUAUGGAAACGUAUGAGGUACAAUGGAUAAGUAAGGCUUCUGCGGCUCAGCGUGCUGGAAGAGCUGGAAGAACUGCUCCUGGACACUGUUAUCGGUUAUACUCUGCGGCAGCAUUUGGCAACUCAUUUCCCGAUUUCUCGAAAGCUGAAAUUUCGAAAGUGCCGGUUGAUGGUGUUGUCCUACUUAUGAAAUCCAUGCAUAUUGGCAAGGUUGCGAAUUUCCCAUUUCCAACGCCUCCAGAGACGGAAGCGUUGAACGAAGCAGAGCGUUGUCUGAAGGUUCUAGAAGCCCUAGACGAAAAGGGAAGGCUGACCCCCCUUGGAAAAGCCAUGUCUCGUUAUCCAAUGAGCCCUCGUCAUUCCAGAAUGCUCCUCACCGUCAUUCAAAUCAUGCAAAAGGUGAAAGAAUGCUCAAGAGCAAAUCUAGUUUUGGCAUACGCAGUCGCAGCAGCUUCAGCUUUAAGCUUAUCGAAUCCCUUUCAAAUGCGCAUUGGAGAAAACCAGGAUGAACCGCCAGAGGAUUCAAACAAGAAAGUUACCGACAAAGAAGAAAAGUCAAAGAAAAAGAAACUGAAACAAUCUGCUAAAAUUUUCCGCGAGAAGUUUUCAAACCCCACGAGCGAUGCUCUGACCAUAGCUUCAGCGCUUCAGUGUUUCGAAGUUUCUGAAAACCCGGAAACUUUCUGCGCUGAUUUCUUACAUAAAAAGACAAUGGAAGAAAUGUCCAAGCUGAGAAAGCAGCUUCUUCAGCUAGUUUUCGCCUCGAGCACAACCGAUUCGCAAAACGAGUUCUCGUGGAAUCAUGGGAAACUCGUUGACGUGGAAUCUGCUUGGAGGGUUUCAUCAGACAAACAACGCCUUAAGCUGAACGAAGAGGAGAUUUUGGGGCAGGCUAUAUUUGCUGGCUGGGCAGAUAGAGUUGCUAAACGAAUCAUUGGAGCUUCUUCAUUCGUGUCCGAAGAAGGAGAGAGAAAAAAAGUCAACGGAGUACGAUACCAAGCUUGCAUGGUCAAAGAAACAGUGUUCCUCCAUCGUCGGUCAUCUACAUACAAAUCCCCACCUGAAUUCUUGGUCUACAGCGAGUUAUUACAAGCUAAAAGGCCUUAUAUUCAUGGUGCAACGAGUGUGAAAGCAAAUUGGCUCCCUCAAUAUGCUCGUUCUUUGUGUACUUUCUCGGCCCCACUCGCCGAGUCAAAACCCUACUAUGACCCCAUAACUGAUCAAGUCUUUUCGUGGGUCACCCCAACUUUCGGCCCACAUUUAUGGAACCUUCCUCCUUAUAGUUUGCCGAUCAAAGAUCAGUUUACUAGGGUUACUGUAUUUGCUUAUUCACUUCUUGAAGGACAAAUUCUGCCUUGCUUGAAAGAUGUUCGUGAAUUUAUGGCAGCCUUGCCUGCGAGCAUUUUGAAGCCACAGUCGUGGGGGAUUAAACGGGUGGGUAAUUUAUUGAGUAAGUUGAAUACGAAGGGGAGAGUUAUUGACAGCUGUGCGAAACUAGAAGCUUUGUGGAGAGAGAAUCCGGAAGCAUUGUUUUCGGAAAUCGAAGAUUGGUUUCAAGAGGGGUUUCGAACUGUUCGGUUUAAGGAACUGUGGGCUGAGAUGACUCGUCAAGUUCGUUUGGAUACCGAAGAAAGGUUUUCAAAAAAGGCCAGUAGAAAGAAAAAGAAAGGUGUAAGCAUUUCUAAUAUUUGACAUCAAGGAGAGAGAUUCUCAGUUUUAGCUUAUUGUCAUGGUUAUCAUGAAUAUAAUUUGUUUAUUUAUUUUAAAUGAGGGGGUGACUUUAUCAUAUUAUUUUCUUCAUUUAUAUAUUUAUAUAUCUUGUCUUGUAUGGUCAAACAAUGCUCUAAGAAGGGGAGAGCGGAAUAUUUUUGAUAAAUGUGCUUUGCCAUAUGAUAGAUUUUUUUAUUUUU